GUGUGUUGCUCUUUAUUGUUCCAGCAGAAAGCUCAGUGCGCGGCUUGCCCACAUUUGUUUCAAUGGCUGCCGCGCACAAACCCACCUGAGAGGGAGCGGUUUCAGCUGGAGGAUCCACCGAACCCGAAGUAGCACCGCGCCGUGCGUGUGGAGGAAUAAAGGAGCUCUUUUACUGACGGACAAUCUGUGGAUCCUGGAGGAAGAGGGGGACGUGAACUGAGGUCCCUGCAGCUCUACAGCCCGCUACUGUGCCGUCUGCCACCAUGGUGGAACCAGCCGACAGGCCGUCCACAGCCGGACAGAGGCUGGGCGCCCCGGAGAGCUUCGGGGUGUCCACCCUGGAGCCCGGCCUGCGUCCUCCAGCGCAGCCUCCGGGCCGACAAGUCUCCAUACGGGUGCAGAUGCUCGAUGACACACAGGAAGUCUUCCAGAUAUCGGUAAGUGAUGCCAUUUGGGGAAUGUGUUGAUGUUUUUUCAUGAAGUAC